UCACGAUAGGGUUUUGCCACGUUUUUUUUUUUUUAAAAAAAAAAUUAAUUGUUUUGAUUUGACGGUUAUGUGUUCUGAUCAAAAAGUGUUGUAUUUAUGUAUUUUUCUUUUAUUUUUUUUUUAUUAUUUUCGAAUCUAAUUUUUGUAAUUUGUAAUCUCUCUCACCUCAACUGUUCAUCUUCUUCCCCAUUUUCAGUUUGCUUAGAUGGUUGUAAUAGUGGGUAGUUUUUUCAUUUUAAAAAAUUUCAAAUCCCAUCCCACUAUCUUAAACUUCCCUCUCAUUUUCCCUCCCAUUUUUAUUAUUUUUGUCUAUAAAUACCUUCAUAGUUCUUCAUAAUGGCCGUUACUCGUUCAUCACCAUCUCCGGCCAAAGUUACAAAACCCACAAAACAAUCGCAGAAAACCAGACCCAAAUCAAAAAUGGGUAAAAAAAAUCUGAAAGAGAACCCUCCUAGCCCCACUUCCCCUUCUGUUAAAAGAAAAACCAUUGCUGGACCUUCGAAGAACACUCGAGGAAAAAGACCUCGAACUGUUGUUGAAAAUUCAGACUCAGAUUUUGAGUUGGAUUCUGAAUUUCUUAAGUCGCCUGUUUCUGUUAAGGGCAAGGGUAAAUCCCCUGUGAAGGUGUUGCCAUCAUCAGGUGUUUCUGAAGAAAUUCCUGUUAAUAGGAUUGUUGAGGUUUGUCAUGUUAUGCAUUCUGUUCUAUGUUUUUUUGUUGUUUUUUUGUUGUUGUUAUUUUCGUAGUGUUUUUUGGUGUUUUAUCAGUGUUUUCAUUGUUCUGUUUUUUAGGAUUGGGAAUGCAAGUACACUCGAUCUCAAUUUUAUCAUUCUAGAGUAGUAACAUCUGGUUAUUACUCUGUACUUGGUGACAUUAAGAGAAUUUUAACUGAAAGCCAAUUGGAAAUUUUUUCAAAAUCUGUGUUUGGUUAUUUUCUUCGAAUUCCUGAGUACAUAAUUCAUUACCAAUUGCUUCAUUGUUUGCUGUUGAGGGAGGUUCAGCAGCCUAAUGGGUUGGAGUUUUGGGUUUGUGUCCAAGGGAAAUACCUUAGGUUUAGUAUCGAAGAGUUUGCGUUGGUCACGGGGUUAGAUUGUCAUGUUGAUUCUGAUUUUUAUCAGUUUAAGCAAGAUGAUAAUGAAUUGGUCAAAUCUUGUUUUAAGGGGUAGAAAAAAAUUACCAAGGGUGCUAUUCAGACUGCUUUUAUUGCUGACAAUCUUAAGGAUAACGACGAUCUUGCAGUCAAGUUGGCUGUAUUGUAUUUUGUGCAGUGUUAUUUGUUAGGUGGUCCCCCUGGUAAAGUUGUUUCGUCUGAGGAAAUAGAUGUUGUGGAUAGUGGUCGAUAUAAUGAAUUUGGGUGGGGCAAGCAUUGUUUUGAUAUCACUAUGCAUUCUUUGAAGGGUAAGAUAGAUUCUGGUUAUAAGAGGGUAGUUCGUAGUGACGAGGGUUGUGGGUAUUACAGGUUAUUGGGUUUUCCUUUGGCUAUUCAAUUCUGGUUUUUCGAGUGUUGCCCGUAUGUUAUUGGGAAACUAUCCUUGUACUCAAAUGUUGGCAUUCCAAGGAUUUUGAAUUGGCCUAAAUUACCCAAGGACAAGGAGGGUAUGGUGAAAAUGGAUGUCAUGAACACCCUCAUUUUCGAUCGGUCUUUGAAAGAGUUAAAAUUAAGAAACCUCACUCCAACUUCCGUUGAGAGAUUGAGUUUGAGCCUCACUGAUUUUUUCUCUGGUGAGACUACUCCCGAGGCUGUGAAAUUCAAAAUUAAAGGUGGUUCCAAGCCUGCUGGUCAACCUGGCUUGAUGGGUUCUUCUUCAUCAACUGCUCAUGAGAAUGUCUCCCGAGUUGAGUUUGAGGAAUUUAAAAAGUGUUUAUCUGUUGUUUUCAGCCAGCAAGGGAUUCUUAUGAAAUCUGUUGCGGAGAUGAACAAGAAGCUGGACAUUCUUAUUGAGGUUUUUUUUUUAAUUGUCAUUACUUUUUCUGUUAUUUUUUUAGUAGUGUUUUAAUGUUGUUUUAUACAGUUACUUAAUUUUUUUUUUCUCAGUCAUCCCAAGGUGGUCUCACUCACAAUGGAUCUCAGUCUGAAGAUGCUCUUCGUACUUCAGAAAAUGAGGAUGAUGAAGAUUCCACUUCGGAGGAAGACGAGGAUGAUAAAUUCGACGAUGACAAAGGAGAUGAUCAUCAUGACGAUGAAACUGAUGAUGAUGAUGAUGAUCUGGGUGGAGAUGGUGUUGGUGCUGGUCAGGAUGAGGCUCACACGGGCGAUGUUCGUAACGAUGAGGGUGUUGUUGUCCCCGCGGUUGUUUCGAGGGAUGAUGAUACCGGCAAGGUCGAUGAUGCCAAGAAUUCUGACCCUGUGGAACCUAUUGCAGAGAUCAAACAGGUGUAUUUCUUGUUUGGACAUCAUUUUUGUUUGUGCUUUUUUUGUGUAUUUCUGUGUUUUGUGUUUGUUUUAACAGUUUUUUACUGUUUUUUUUGUUAUCAGCCUGAACAGUCUCAAGGUGGGGAGGAGAACAUUGAUGUUGAUGCAACAAUUUCAUCUGCUGUUAAAGCUGUGGAGAAUUUGGUUUGUGUUUAUGUUUUUUUUUUUUUAUAUUUGUAUUUAUUUGGUAUUCUAUUGUUGUUUUUAUGGUGUUUUUAUUGUACUGUUUGAAAUUUAAAAAUAAGUCUUUUUAUUUAUCCUUUCUCUUUUUUAGAUUGGUUCCUCAACUCAUGCCCCUGCUCCUGUUGAGACUUCUGAGAAGACUGAUCUUGAAAUGGUUGUUUUUCAAGAGACUCCUAUUUUACGUCCUCAAAAGAGGGAUCGGAAGAAAGGAGCUGUUUUGAAAUCCCCAUUCAUUGAGCUUGCUUCUGGUGCAUCUAAAUCAGGUUCAUCCUCGGUUUCUCCUGAUGAUUCUGUGUAUAAGGUCGUUAAAUAUGUGCGUGGUUUGUGCCCGUUGGACAACAAGAUUGGUGAACCUGUUGAUCCGCAAUUGGAAGCUGAGUUUGUCAAGUGGGUUGAUUCAGGUCUUAGAAAGCAUAAAUCUAACACAACAACUAAUGUGUAUUGUAAGGGUAAGGACACUAUAUUUCCGCCAUUUCGUUUUGGUGUUGAGGACAUCAGCAACAAGAUGUGGUUUCACAACCUUGCCUACCCUAAUUGUUUCCUUACCAAUUCUCACAUUGACAUCAUUUUCUAUUAUCUUCGUAAGAAAAUAAUGUACUCAGCCGAGCCGAAAAUCAAAGUCACCACAACUGAUUGCCUCUUUUGUUCUAGCAUUACAACUUUGUAUGAGAGGUUUGUUGAGAAAAAGAACGAUAUAUCGGUGUUGUCUCUUUCUCACAAUGUGGCCCAGUACAUUCAAGGUGGUAAGAUAUUAUGUGCCACUCCUUGGCAUUUGGUUGAUCAUGUUGUUAUGCCUAUCAAUGUAAAAUUACAGGAUCAUUGGAUUUGUGGUCGUCUUAACAUAGUUGACAGGCGCAUAUAUCUGUACAAUUCACUGCGUUCUGGGAGGUAUAUGAUCACGCCAAAGAGGCUUGCAAGCCUUUCUCUGUUAUUUUACCAUAUUACUUCUCUAUGUUAG